GGGAGUGUGUGAGAGGGAGGGAGGGAGGGUGAGAGGGAAAAGACAAGUUCACAUCCCCGCGGGAAGGAGAUAGUUCAAGAAGAAGAAGAAGAAGAAGAAGGGAAGAAAAUCCAAUCUGAAGAGAGAGAGAGAGAGAGAGCGAAAUAGAAGAAACAUUCACAAAGGAAACCUCGAGACCAGACAGGGAUUGGAGGGAAAUUCCCGAGGAGAGGAAGAAGAAGAAAAGGAGAAGAAAAAAUGAGAACGUUUUUCUGAAGUUGGGGAUUGAAAAACUUCCCCCAAAAAGGAGAGAAAAUGUCAGUUUGGGGGGAGUUUGUCCAGAGGUUGGGAACGGGUGUGGAGUUUGCAACUGAACUGUGAAGAGAAGAGACUUUAAACAAGAAAAAAAGAGUCACUUUCACCCCCUCCCGCCCUCCAAAAAAAAAGAGAGCGAAACGACUUGGAUUUUGUACACUUUAUGCUCCAGCCCUGGACACCGAGUCCGCUCUCCCUUCCUGCAUCCCACAGACUGUCCGCCUGAUAACAACUGCCCGAGGAGUGAGUAAUCCAUUGGGAAAGGAUUAUUUUAAGAUCUGAUUUGAGGAAUGAUUAAUAUUUUUGGGGGCUGCCAAAACCUGAGAUUUUCUUCAAUCAGUAUAUAAACAUAUUAGACACCAGAGGAGGGAAUAUUAUUCCGAACAAGAGAUAGACAGGAAGAGAGGGAGGGAGAGAGAGAGAGAAAAUGACAUCGCCUGCGAGAUUUAAGAAGGACAAAGAGAUUGUUACAGAAUACGACACACAAGUCAAAGAGAUCCGGGCACAGUUGUUGGAGCAGCUGAAAUGCCUGGAGCAGCAAGCAGAGGCGCGGGUCCAGCUGCUGCAGGACCUGCAAGAUUUCUUCCGCAAGAAGUCGGAGCUGGAGCUAGAAUAUUCCCGCAACCUAGAGAGGCUGGCCGAGAGGUUCUCAGCCAAAACCCGCAGCACCAAGGAGCACCUGCAGCUCAAUAGGAAGGACCAGAAUGUGCUGUCUCCUGUAAACUGCUGGUAUCUGCUGCUGAGCCAGGUGAGGAGACAGAGUAAGGACCAUGCCUCCCUCAGUGAUAUCUACCUGAACAACAUCAUCCCGCGCUUCACUCAGGUCAGCGAUGAUUCUGUCCGGCUCUUCAAGAAGAGUAAGGAGGUCGGUGGGCAGCUACACGAGGACCUGAUGAAGGUAUUGAACGAGUUGUACACGGUAAUGAAGACGUACCACAUGUACAACGCUGACAGUGUCAGUGCGGAGAGCAAGCUGAAGGAGGCUGAGAAGCAGGAGGUGAAGCAGAUGGGCCGCUCUCCAGAGCCAGCCGCUGGCCUGAGGCUCGAAGACAAACACCAGCGGAGGAGCUCGGUCCGCAAGAUCGAGAAGAUGAAGGAAAAGCGUCAGGCCAAGUACAUGGAGAAUAAGCUGAAGGCCAUCAAGGCGAGGAACGAGUACAUCCUGGCCAUGGAGGCCACCAACACCUCAGUCUUCAAAUACUACACCCACGACCUGUCCGAUCUGCUCGAUUGUUGUGACCUGGGUUACCACGCCAGCCUGAACCGGGCAAUGAGGACGUACCUGUCUGCGGAGUUGAACGUGGAGCAGUCCCGGCACGAGGGGCUGGAGCUGAUGGAGAGUGCGGUGGACGGCCUGGACCCGACCAGUGACAAGCUGCGGCUGAUGGAGCUUUACCACAAUGUCUUCUGUCUCCCCCCACGCUUCGACUUCCAGCCACACAUGGGCGACACGGCUUCACAGCUGUACGCACAGCAGCCGGUGCAGGGGGAGUUAGUCCUGCGCUGCCAACAGCUGCAGUCCCGGCUGUGCACACUGAGCAUCGAGAACGAGGAGGUGAAGAAGACGAUGGAGGCGACACUGCAGACCAUACAGGACAUGGUGACUGUGGAGGACUUUGACGUGAGCGACUGUUUUCACUACAGCAACUCCACCGAGUCCGUCAAGUCCUCCGACACCUUCCUCAGCAAACCCAGCCUCGCCAAGCGCCGCGCCAACCAGCACGAGACUGAGCUCUUCUACUUCACCAAGCUGAAGGAGUACCUGGAAGGCCGGAGCCUGAUCACCAAACUACAGGCCAAACACGAGCUGCUACAGAAGACUCUGGGCGAGAGCCAGAGACCGGACUUUUCGCUCGGCAGUGACAGGAGGAACUCCAGUGUCCGGAAACAGGAUGGGAGCCAGAUCAUUCCUCUGGUGGUGGAAAGCUGUGUGCGGUUCAUCAGUCUGCAUGGCCUGAAACACGAGGGAAUAUUCCGGGUGUCGGGGUCACAGGUGGAGGUUAACGACAUCAAAAAUGCCUUUGAGAGAGGUGAGGACCCGUUGGCAGGCGACCAGAACGACCACGACAUGGACUCGAUCGCGGGGGUCCUCAAACUGCACUUCCGCGGCCAGGACAAGCCACUCUUCCCCAAGGAGAUCUUCCACGACCUCAUUUCCUGCGUCAAGACAGAGAACCUUCCAGAAAGAGCUCUCCAGAUGCGGAAAGUCCUCCUGACCUUGCCCAAAGCCACCAUCAUAGUCAUGCGGUAUCUCUUCUCCUUCCUCAGCCACGUGUCCCACUUCAGCGAUGAGAACAUGAUGGACCCCUAUAACCUGGCGAUCUGCUUCGGGCCUACCCUGAUGUCUGUGCCUGAGGGGCAGGACCAGGUGUCGUGUCAGGCUCACGUUAAUGAGCUCAUUAAGUCCAUCAUCAUCCACCACGACAUCAUUUUCCCGGGCCCCAGGGAGCUGGAGGGGCCCGUGUACGAUCGGGGCCUCCCGACAGAGCAUUACUGUGACAGCCCGCUGGGGGAGCGAGCCUCUGCUGGAGACCUUGUCCAGGAGCUGGGAACAGAGCCUCACACCAGCGAGGAUGAGAGCGAGCCGAUAGAAGCCAUCGCCAGAUUUGACUAUACUGGCCGCACGGCCCGCGAGCUGUCCUUCCGCAAGGGGGCCUCGCUACUGCUGUACCACAGGGCCUCGGCGGACUGGUGGGACGGGCGGCACAACGGUAUCGACGGCCUCGUUCCCCAUCAAUACAUCGUGGUGCAAGAUACGGAUGACACCUUCUCUGACAGGCUGAGCCCGAAGGCUGAUGUUGACGGGGGGAGCGAGCCCCCCCCAGAGGAGAGAGCUGCCCCCAGGAGCAGUCUCAGCCUCAGCUCCCCCACUGGCCACGUGGCUGAUAUCUACCUGGCCAACCUCAACAGACAGAGGAGUCGGCAAACGGUGGAGUCAGCGAGCAUCAGACGAUCGCUGAGGGGUGAGAGCCAUGGGCUGGCACUGCCCAGCCCUGAGCCCCCAGCAGGGGGCAGGGAGACCCCAGAGAAACGUCCGGUGAUGGGACACGGCAGCCUGAGUGCCCUGACCCGCCGCACGUCCACCACACGGCCUGACAGCCCACAGGUCCGCAAAGCGACUGCUGCCGGCAGGUCAAAGAGCUUCAGUCACCACCGACCCCUGGACCCUGAGACCAUCGCCCAGGACAUUGAAGCCACCAUGAACUCUGCACUGAACGAGCUUCGGGAGCUGGAACGACAGAGCGGCGUGAAGCCGGCUCCUGACGUGGUGCUGGACACACUGGAGCCCAGCAAGGCUGUGGGGGGGCCGGGGCCGGGGACAGAGCCCGUCUCCGAGCCCUCCAGCCCACUGCACUCCCGUAUCCUGCGCGACUGCGAGUCCUCGCUCCAGCGCAGUGCAAGCUCCUCCUGUGACCUUCCCUGCGCCUUCCGUCCCGUCAAGUCCGUCAAACUCGCUGUGCAGGUCAAGCCCCCCGCGCUCAGGCCCAAACCUGCUGUCUUCCCCAAGUCAUCGCCCCCCAGCACCAGCCUGGCAUCACCCCCCGGCCAGCAGCCCCCACCCCCAGACAAGUCCUGCACCGUCUGAGCCCCCACCCCCUGCGCACAGACCCCUGCACACAGUCUCGCCCCCCCACCACCGCUCGCUCCCAGU